AUGGAGAAGAGGUCCAUUGCAGUUGCACUUGUUGAUAUGUAUGGAUGUUGUGGAGAUUUCUCGAGUGCCAGAACGGGAAUCAUUUGGAUCUCGAUGGAUCGUCGCACGAUGGGACUUAUUGGGCACUGGAUAUGGAAGCUUGGAAGAUGCUCGCAUGAGGCUUGUACAGAGCGUGAAAGACCUUGUUCGACCACUACCGAGGUCUUGUGGAUGCUUACGUCCGAACACGGAGUCAGGAAGGAUUUGAGGCAGCUAUUUCCAUUAUCAAGACGGUGCCCAUUGCCUUCAACCAAGAAAAUGUGGUGA